CAGCAUCUCUACAUGAAAACAUUUCUGCGUCGCUUCACUGCGACGAUUAAAAACCUCAAGGAGCCGGAAGAAACAGCAACAACUCAGAGUUUCUCAGCUGGUUUAAAGUGUUAAAGUCUAAAUGAGGAGAAAUGAACGAAACCAAGGAUAUGUUCUCCUGCUCCUUGUGUCAUCUUUCCUACUCCUCUCAAAUUGACCUCUGCGAUCACAUCGAAAUGUGUCACUACGAGAAACCAGGAGAAAUUAAAUACGCAAACGUAAUGCCCCGAGCGUGCUCCAGUCGUGACCCGACCACCGGUGGUGGUAAUUUCCCGACUACUACCACUUUCAAACCCCUAGACGGAGGUCUUCAUCUUAAAUUGCCGGAGCGUGGAAACAGUGUUACCCAUGGGAUUGAUCUCAAACCUCAUCAACUCCUCUAUACAGGAGAUAAGCAGUAUACCUGCCCUAAAUGUGGAAAAAGUUUCGGCUACCAAGCUAGUCUGACCGUGCACCAGCGCAUUCACACUGGAGAGAAGCCGUAUCACUGCUCAGAAUGUGGUAAGAGUUUUGUACAGUCGGGUCAUUUUCAACAGCACCAGCGCAUUCACACUGGUGAGAAGCCAUAUCAAUGCUUGCAGUGUGGAAAGAGUUUUACUCGUCAGGCUAAUCUCAGAACGCACCAGCGCACUCAUAAGGGUGAGAACCGGCAUCAGUGCUCACAGUGCGGGAAGAGUUUUACGUACCGAAGUAAUCUCGAAAUACACCAGCGCGUUCACACUGGAGAGAAACCGUAUAAUUGCGCACAGUGCGGGAAGAGCUUUGCGCAAAUUGGUCAUUUCCAACAACACCAGCGCAUUCAUACUGGAGAAAAGCCCUAUAACUGCUCGUAUUGUGGAAAGAGCUUUGCACAGGUGGGUCAUCUUCAACGUCACCAGGCCGUUCACACCGGAGAGAAGCCGUACCACUGUUCGCAGUGCGGCAAGAGUUUUGCUGAAAAUGGUACCCUCAAGUCGCACAUGCGCACUCAUACUGGUGAAAAGCCUUAUUGCUGCUCGAUGUGCGGAAAGGGUUUUACCAAAAGUGGUAGCCUUAAAGCGCACAUCCGCAUUCACACCGGAGAGAGGCCGUACCAGUGCUCCCAGUGUGGAAAAAGUUUUUAUUGCCGUAGUCCACUCCUGAUCCACCAGCGCAUUCACACGGGAGAGAAACCGUUCCAGUGCUUACUCUGCGAGAAAAGUUUUUAUUGCCGGAGCCGCCUCAGAAUACAUCAGCGUGUUCACACCGGAGAGAGACCAUUUCACUGCUUACAGUGUGGAAAGAGUUUUUAUUGCCGGACUCAUCUGGAAAUACACCAGCGCAUUCACACUGGAGAGAGACCGUUCCAGUGCCCACAGUGUGGGAAGACUUUUUACUGCAAGACACAUCUACAAAUACAUCAGCGCAUUCACACGGGGGAAAAGCCACACGUGUGCUCCCAGUGCGGCAAGAGUUUUAGCCUAAUGAGUUCUCUCAAAGUGCACCAGCGCAUUCACACCGGAGAGAAACCAUACCAUUGCCUACAGUGCGGAAAGAGUUUUAAAAUCCACUUCCCCCUGCGCCAACACAAGCGUAUUCACACAGGUGAGAAGCCAUAUCACUGCUCAGAGUGUGGAAAGAGUUUUAAUCAUCACACAAAUCUCCAAACACAUCAGCGCAUUCAUACAGGAGAGAGGCCAUAUCAGUGCUCAGAGUGUGAGAAGAAUUUUACUCACCAAAGCGCUCUACAACGACACCAGCUCAUUCACACUGGAGAGAAGCCAUAUCAGUGCCCGGAGUGCGGCAAGAGCUUCAGUCGGAAAACCAAUCUCAAAACGCACCAGCGCAGUCACACGGGAGAGAAGCUGCACCACUGCUUGCAGUGCGGAAAGAGUUUUUCCUACAGGAGCACUCUGCAAACGCACCACCGCAUGCACACCGGAGAGAAGCCGUACAACUGCUCACAGUGUGGCAAAGGCUUUGCACAACUCGGUCAUCUUAAACAACACCAGAAUAUUCACUCUGGAGAAAAGCCGUACAGCUGUUUAUACUGCGGAAAGUGUUUUGCACAAGCGGGUCAUCUUCAAAAACACCAGACAGUUCACACGGGCGAAAAGCCGUACAGCUGUUCACAGUGUGGGAAGAGUUUUACCCAGCUGAGUACUCUCCAAACACACCUGCGCAUCCAUACCGGAGAGAAGCCGUAUCAGUGCUCGCAGUGCGGGAGGAGUUUUACUAAAAACAGUACUCUUAAAACGCACCAGCGCAUUCACACGGGAGAGAGACCGUAUCAGUGUGCGCAAUGCGAGAAGAGUUUUACACACCUGCUUAGUCUCCAGAUACACCAGCGUGGCCACAGCGGAGAGAGACCCUACCAGUGCUUACAGUGCGGGAAGAGUUUUAUUCGCCGGACGUAUCUCCAGGUACAUGAGCGUAUUCACACAGGAGAGAAGCCCUACGUCUGCUCCCAGUGUGGGAAGAGUUUUAGUCAGCUGAAUUCACUCAAAGCACACCAACGCGUUCACACAGGGUAGAAUUCUGAUGGACCUGAUGCGUGAAGAGAAGAGAACUUUGCUCCGCAUCUAGUACUGGAGUCAUCCAAGAUGAUCACAGGUCACAUAUAGUGAGGUCCAUAAGUUUACGGACAAGGACACAUUUUUCAUAAUGUUUCCUCUGUACACUACUACAGUAGAUUUGAAAUGAUGCAGUCACACGCGAUUGUCAACAGCUUAAAGCAGUCUCUCAAUUUUUAUUAUUCGUUUACAAAUAUCAUAUCUUACAUGAAGGUGAAUACUUUUACUCAAGUACACAAGUAAGUGGAGAAUGUCUACUUCUACUUGAGUAAUAUUUGCCCUAGGGAGUCUCUACUUUUACUUAUGUACAGAAUCUGAGCAGAAAGUAGAUACAGUCAAUACAAUUCACAUGAUCAGUAAGCACUAGGUUCCAUUGAAAACUGUACAUGACCACCAUACAUACAUAACACCGCCUCCACCAUGUUUGGUGAUGUACUGUAAU